AUGGUGGUGGUACUUCUAUAUGUGGAUGAUAUAAUCUUGACGGGCAGUAACUAUGAUGAGGUUUCUCGGUUACAAGAUGAGUUCUCGCUUCACUUUGAGAUGAAGAAGCUUGGUGAACUUGGAACUUUCCUUGGUCUACAAAUCGAAAAUUUCGAGAAAGGUUUGUUUGUAUCGCAGAUCAACUAUGCAAAGAAAUUGAUAGAUAAAUUUGGUAUGAAGGGUGGAAAAAAGAGUUAUACUCAUCUUAACGUAAAUCCCAAACUCAGUCGAGACGAAGGAACAUGUCUAUCAGAUCCUCGUCUGUAUCGUGCUUUUGUGGGAAGUCUAAUUUAUCUGACUAUAACAAGGUCUGGCAUUGCUUAUGCAGUUGGAGUGGUGAGUCGAUACAUGCAGGAGCCAAGGAAACCACACCUCGAAGAAGAUCGUGAUUCCACAUAUCUAUUACCAUCCUAA